AUGGAAUUCCCCCACACCAGCCCCGUGCCCGUCGACCUCUACGGCUACCUGGCGGUCUUCCUCAACUUGAUCGGGCUCGUCUUCAUGGCCGCGUUCUUCACCAAGGGCGUGAGCGCCAACAAGAACAUGAUCGUCGAGCUCGCGUUCGCGGCUCUGGCCUCGCUCUUCCUCGGGUCGGGCUCGCUCUUUGUCUUCCUCUGGGCCGAAAUCUAUGUCUAA